AUGCUUCCACGAAUGCUGCUUCCUCUCGGUGCCGCUGUCCUCGUGGCGUCGGCCAUGGAGUUCAAGUACCACACUUUGGACGAGGUGAACGCUUUCGUGCAUCACGUGUCCUCCGAACACGGCUCGCUCGUGACCCUGCAAUACCUGGGAAAUACCAUCAAAGGUCGCAGGAUAUGGCAGCUGAUAUUGACCAAUCGAGCCAAGGAAGACAGCUUCAUACCCAACCUGCACCUCAUCGCGAACAUUUACGGAAAUGACGUGAUGACGCGCGAGGUCGUCAUGCACCUGGUCGAGUAUAUGGUGGGGCACGCACAGUCUGACCCCGACGUGCAUUGGCUGCUGAACAACGCCCGGCUGCACGUGGUGCCGUCGGUGAACAUCGAUGGCUCGGACGCCUCCAUCCCCGGAGACUGCAGCGGCAUGACCGGGGGCGAGAACAGCAACGGCGUGGCCAUCAACCGGAACUUCCCGAGCGCUUUCGAGCGCGUGGCGCCCAGCAGCCGCGCCCCCGUCGAGCCGGAGUCGGCGUCCGUGCUGCGCCUCAUGCGCGCCCACCCGGCCCUGCUCACGGUUCUGCUGUUCGCCGGCCUGCACGGGGUGCUCUACCCCUACGACGACCAGCCAGGAGCCGAAUCGUUCAUCUUCUUCGAUAAAAAGUAA